GGGGUGAACCUUGGGUAUACGAGUAUAGUGCCUGUUUAUCUGUCUGUGGCACCGCUAAUCGCACUCACUCACCGUGUACGGCUUCAUUCACGCAACACGUUGCUCACACCCACUGCCAUGGAUCCACGAUCGUUCCUCCUGUUGGUGCUGGCCAUUGUUCCUGCCUCCUCCACGCAGACCUGUACCAACCAAAACGCGUGUCUAGUAAGCUGCGAGGGCUGCACUGGCAUCACCAUGGUCCAUGACCCCAUCAACUGCCACCGCUUCUACUACUGUAAAGAUGAUCAGCUGCUUACGGACAGUCCCUUCGAAUGUCCGAAUGGACAAGAGUUUAACCCACAGACUCAUAUGUGCCAGCCUGACUUGGACGGAGAGGGAUGCAGGCCCCUCUGCGCCUCUGAGCCAGGAGAGUGCCAUUACACUUGCCAGCCAGGUGAUACACUGAUUGCUUCAGUCUAUGACUGUGGAACAUACUAUAUAUGUGACGCUGAGGGUAACUUCGGCCUUCCAAAGACCUGUCCCCCUGAGAAACCAUUUUUUGACGGAAAAAAGUGUCAGACAGAUGAGAUUCUUUGUUGUCACUGCCACGGCUACUGUUUCCCCGGCGAUGAAGGCAGACUGGUGGCGGAUCCUACGGACUGCCGCAGAUACUACGUGUGUCUCAACGAGGGAGUGCCGGUUUAUUCUGGGACCUGCGACAAAGGAGAACACUUCGAUGCCAUUUCACGACAGUGUUCGACCGAAGCGCCCUGCCGCACGAUGUGUCGCAAUGUGAUCGGUGCCAAUGGCUGCAUUGAAAACUUUACCUGCCUGGAAAAAGGACGAUUCGCCAAGUGCCCAAGCGUAUGUUUCCCUGAGUACUAUGACUGCUUGGAGUUUGGCGACACCUACGCUCCAGCAGUAGCUUGCCCCUACAACAAUUAUUUGUUUGAUCCCGAAAAACUCAGUUGUGUUAAUGAGGAUUAUUGCAACAAAAACUAAGAAUGUGGCCUUUCACUGCCACAUCCACAUGGUGUCUCCACCUUUGGUGUGCCCUCAAUACACACCUCUGACUCCUGACCUCCGGUCGUUUCCUCCUAAGCACACUAAUAAUCUCUUCCUUUAAUCAAUAUUUAUUUAAUACAACAUUCAUGGAGAUACAGUUUCCAGUUGAAAUAUAAUCUUUAUAAAUAUAAUUUUUAUUAGAAAAGUUUGCAGAAGAAAAAUCCAGCACAUUUUCAAUAUUCCCCAAUGUCACAUGUAGUGUGGUGCUGUAUGGGUGUCCAGAGGGGCCUGGGAGGAUGCCUAGCAUGUGAAGACAUAACAAAUAUAUCUUAUGAUAUACUUGUAAACAGGAUGGAUUUGUGCUAUUUUAACUUUUAUCAAAAUGAACGUUGGGAAUUCCUGUGUGUUACUCGUAAAAAUGUACAUUUGAUAUUAAGGUUUGGUAGGAGAAAGAAAAAAAAUGUUUAAAUGCUAGAAGGGAUGAUUAUUAAUUUUUGUGAAUAACACCAUAUGAAUUCGUAUAAGAAUAUUUGGGAAAUGACGGUUGUGAUCGGAUGUAAAAUGUGAACAAAUGUAUUUUUAAUUAAUGCAAUUAUAGCUGACGAGACUCAAAUGUUUGUAUUUUAAAUCUAAGAUAUGCUCAAUGUAUGACCUCUGCAAUUGCAUAAUUUCUCUCUCUCUCUCUCUCUCUCUCUCUCUCUCUCUCUCUCUCUCUCUGACCACAUUACUGUUUUCCUGAGUACUGUGGUUGCUCAUAGAUUUGUGACUCUUACGACACAGCGAGAAUUUGCCUUUGUGAUGUUUUGUUUUUAUUAUGAAAGACGUUUUUGUUUCAGAAUAUGUCCGUUAUUUUUCAACACAAUUUCAGUUCCCUGUUCUCCGCUCCUUGCCUCUCCCUUAUUACGUCAGUUUGGGCAUGUGAUCUUUCAUCACCCAUUUAGCUUUCCAGUGCCACCACAUAGCUGUAUUUGCAUUCGUGAUCGAACAAGUGUGGAGAAGCUUGAACGCCGCCGGCCACCUCUAGCAGAAAACAUCUGUGUAGUGCCCCUAUAUAUUGUUGAGCUUGUAGUAAUGAUAGGAACACACACAUAAAAUACAUGAUAAAAAUAAGAAAAAAAUAAAUAAAAUAAAAAAUGA